AUGGUUCGAAAAGUACUACACCCAAAUAAGAGAGUUGCAAUGGGACAGCGACUGGCACCAAAUUUUGCCAUUGCGUUUAUGUCUAAAGUCGAAGCACCAGUAACCGAUCUCGGGCCGUUACUCUACUGUAGAUAUAUAGAUGACCGUUUUGUCCUUUGCUCAACACAAGAGGAAAUGGAGAAAUAUGGAGACAGAGGAAAUGGAGACAUGUGUAGAGGAAAGGCCAAGCCCUCAGACGAUGACUCUAGCGAUAAUAACGUCCCGUUUAUCCUCUCCUUCAUCUCAAGCGAACUAAGUGCAGCUAUAAAACGUGAAGUUAGCGGAAUGCUAAGAUCUGAAGUGACCCGACUAAUGGACAGGUUGUAUAACGAAAAUGACCAACUUGCCGUCGAAAUUGUACCUGCAGGUGCGAUUACGGACGAUAUUUGUGAGAUUUUGAGCGACAAAAAGUGGGCUGAACUUCAAACCGUUAUUCGGGACAAUUUGUACAGUAAGACAGUGCCAUGUUAG